AUGGCUAACAGUAGAAGGUUUGAUAAAGCCAAGGCUGAGGAGAAGAGAGGGGGGAGGGGUCAUGUCAUAUUCGUUUUUGUUAAUCUCAGUCAGUCAAUAUUCAUUGUGAAUCCAAAAUCUGUUCCCAAAUUCCCAAAAAGACCGAAACAAGUCACUCCCACUGUGUGGUUUUCACUUUCAUUGGUGAACAAGCCAUGGAAUCAGACCACUGUCUCUCCCAUAGGAAACAUCCCUCAACUAUUCACUUUCACUGCUUCUUCCUUUCCUCAUUCUUUCCUCAACACUUCUCCACUGCGACUAAUUGCAUCAAAGUCCAACACAACACACGUCAAAGCUCCCCUCCUAGACCCAUCACUGCUGAUGGCUCCACCUGCUAGAUCCUAUCCUCUACAUGGACUCAAAUUUCCAAUCACUGUGCUUUUCAUCUUUUUCCUCUCCUUUCUACCUUCCAAAUCUGGUAAAAAUCCUCCACCACCCUCAUACCCUAUUUAA